UUACAAGUAAAAGCCUCUUUAAACAAUAUCAAAAUGGCAUUCAAUCGCGAUGGUUUAAGGUUCAAUGCUGAAUUCAAGCAAUAUUUUUUGCGUGUUUCGUAUAACAGAAUCAAAGAAACUUACGACCGGUUCGAAAUUGAUUCACUGUCGACGAGCCAAGCAUACGUUGAUGAGUAUGGAGAUCUGUCCACAAUCAUUGAAUGUCAGGUGGUGAGCUCAAUGUGUACCAAAAAUGUUGACACUAACGAGAUUCAGAACCAAAAGCCUGAUCCACUUGAAAUCAACGACUUAAGCAACGAAGAAGAAAGAAAUCAGGUUAAACUGGAAUCGGAAUGUGCCAUUCAAUUCGGUGGACAUGGUGAAGAUGAUGGAAGCUACCCAGAAAAUAAUACCGCAAUGAAAAUGUUCAAUAUGAAACUUGAUGGUCGCGAUAUUAACAAAACGAGCGUCGACACAUUCACUGCCACAUUGUGUAAUGGGUCAAACGCGGUAGAUGGUGUCAACAUAACAGCGAAAUCAACGAAAUCUUCAAGAAAACGAGCCGAAUCUUGUCUUACUCCAAAAUCAUCAUCGAAUCAAAAUACAAUUUCAUCAAACCCAAUGGAGGCGAAGAAGCGAUUAAAGUGCACACUGUGUGAAUAUUCCAGCAAUAAGAAAUCCCAUGUUAAUCGACACAUGCUCACACAUACUGGUGAAAAAACCAUAUCGAUGUGAUAUUUGCCGCAAAGAAUUUUCUAGAAUGGAACAUUUGAAGAAGCACAAAGUGACUCGCACCAAUGUAAUCCCGUUCCAUUGCCCAGGUUGUUUCAGUGGAUUUCCCCAGGAGGUUGAAAGAGAUUGCCAUGAAAAAGUGUGCAAAAACCGUAGAUAUGAAUGUCAUAUCUGCAAGAAGUAUGUCACUGUAAAUUUGGCAUCUUUGAAAAUUCAUAUGCGUACGCACAACGGUGGAAAUGCUUUUCAAUGCGAGAUUUGUAUGAAGCGUUAUACAACAAAAUCUGGUUUGAAAGGACAUUUGGACAAAAUCCAUAACAGCAUUUAAUCUAAUAAUUUGAAUCAUUCACCUCUCAUCGUUGCAAAUUAACAACCAUUAAAAUCAUUAUUAU